UGUGUGUUUCUUCUUCUUCUUCUUGUCCUUGGUGAAUGAAGAGCCUCUGCAGAACUGGUAAAGUGGAGAUAUCCCUGCUGUUCAGAAGAUGUCUGAGGUUUACAGCGAUGCGUUCACGACUCCUCCUCCAUCCGUGACUUCUCCACCUCCAGAUAUACUGAAAGGCAUCCCAGUGGACGAUGGAACUAUUGCAGCUCUAAUAGGAGGGGUCACCGGGGCCCUUCUGCUGGCUCUCAUCUGCUUCAUAGCGGUGCUGCUGUGGUGUUUGUCCAGACACAAAGGCUCCUAUGUCACCAAUGAACUGGACGACGACGAUGUAGACGAUGAUGAAGAAGAAUCCGUGGCCUCGGACACGGCGCUCCAAAGCAAAGAACCGCUGAAAAGCCAAGAAGAAGAUGAAGACGACUGAGAUAAACGCACAAACACAGACUACAGAUGGAGACUAAGGCCGUACUUUUACACUGAUACAAAACUGCACAAACUCUGCACCUUGAGCCCAGACGGUAAAAAGAGUCAACGGUACCAAAUGUCCAACACGGCAAAUAUGGGGUGUUUAAAACAAGACCACAACACUAAAUCUGAGGAAAAAGGUAC